UCUCGCAGCACGUUUUGUUUGUCCUAACCCGGCCACUGUAGUUGAUGCGUCGGCGGCGUUUAAAAUGGCGGCCACCUUGACGAGAGGUUUGUCCGGUUUGCUGAGAGCCCUGUCGGUUUCAGGCAGACACAGUCUCUCUCCUGCGGUCAGACUCACUCAGACAGCUCGUUUCUCAGCUGUAGUGCAGAGACAUGUGUCCAGACCCCUGGCUGCACCCCCACAUCAGACCGGCCUGCUGAAAAGAGUAACACCCCUCGUCCCUUCACUGAAGCUCCAGCCGGUCAGGAACUUAACAUACUACAGUCUGAGGAAAGGCAAGAGGAAGUCUGUGAAGUCGGUUGUUCAGCGGUUUCUCAGGCUGCACUGUGGCCUGUGGGUGAGGAGAAAGGCAGGAUAUAAGAAAAAGUUGUGGAAAAAGUCAGCAGCCCGCAAGAAGCGCCUCAGAGAACAUGUAUUCUGUAACAAAACUCAAUGUAAAUUGCUGGACAAAAUGACAACAUCCUAUUGGAAAAGAAGAAACUGGUACCUCAACGACCCAUACCAGAAAUACCAUGAUAGAGUGAAUCUGAAAGUGUAAAACCCUCCUAACUUUAUUCUGUUCAUGAGACAUAAAGUGUGUAAUAAAUUGACUAUUUAAAAACA